ACAGUAUCAAAACGUCUUUUAGAGGGAAAAAUAAAUAAAUACAAUCACCGCUCAAAUUGAUCCAAUCAGUAUCGACUAUUGAAGCAACCUGAAUUCAACAUGUACGUGUUUCAUUCUUUUUUUUUUCUCUUACAAUAAAUACAAUAACGCAAGCAACCAUGUCAGACAUGUCAGAUGAUGAUUUCCAACCUCUUGAACCUACUCUUCAAAACAUUUUAGACCAAAAUUCCCUUCAUUGGAUUUUUGUUGGUGGCAAAGGUGGUGUUGGUAAAACAACUACUUCUUGUUCUUUGGCUGUUCAACUUUCCAAGGUCCGUGAAUCUGUCUUGCUCAUCUCAACUGAUCCCGCUCAUAACCUUUCUGACGCGUUUGGACAAAAGUUUUCCAAGGAAGCCACACUUGUCAAUGGCUUCAAUAACCUUUACGCUAUGGAAAUUGAUCCUACUUCAAGUAUUCAAGAAAUGAUUGAACAAUCUGAUCAAAACAAUCCUAUGGGUGGUAUGAUGCAGGAUUUAGCUUAUGCUAUUCCUGGUGUGGAUGAAGCUAUGGGUUUUGCUGAAGUCAUGAAGCAAGUCAAGACCAUGUCUUAUUCUGUUGUUGUGUUUGAUACUGCCCCUACAGGCCAUACACUUCGUUUCCUCUCUUUCCCUACCGUGCUUGAAAAGGCAUUGGCCAAGAUCAGUGGAUUGAGUAGUCGCUUUGGCCCUAUGGUGCAACAAGUAUCAGGCAUGAUGGGUAUGAAUGCCAAUCAAGAAGACAUGUUCUCCAAAUUGGAGGAAAUGCGUUCUGUAAUUACUGAAGUCAAUAACCAAUUCAAGGAUCCUAAUACCACUACUUUUGUCUGUGUCUGUAUCUCUGAAUUCUUGUCCUUGUAUGAAACUGAACGUAUGAUUCAAGAAUUGACUUCUUAUCAUAUUGAUACACAUAAUAUUGUUGUCAAUCAAUUACUAUUCCCUAAAGAAGGAUCUAACUGUGAGCACUGUACUGUUCGACACAAGAUGCAACAAAAAUACUUGGAUCAAAUCUAUGAUCUCUAUGAAGAUUUCCAUAUUGUGCGCAUGCCCUUAUUAACAAAAGAAGUGCGUGGUGUAGAAGAAAUCAAGGAGUUCUCCAAGAUGUUAACCGAGCCUUUUCAGGAAAAGAAAUAAACGUUAGCCAAUCAUAUCUUUUAGAAUUUUUUAUCAUAAGCCCCCUUUCUUUUUUUUUUUUCUUUUU